CAGGAGGGUGUGCUCUUAUGUGAGAUGUUCCUGUGGGAGUACCUGUUCACCUGGAAUGGACUUGACCAUCGACCACAGAUCCUCCAGCUCAUCACAAGGUCCAGACUGCACCCUUUCCAGAGGCUGAAUGACUAUGUUUUGGAACCUCUCAGAAGGCUGUUCUUCACAUCUAAGGUUCACUGCAAGUGUCAGAUCCUGGCCUGUCUGACAGAGUUACUGAGGAACUGUGUGUCUGUGGAGUGGGCACGGUACAAAGAGACACAGAGUAACGAGGAAGGAACAUCAAGCCUGUCCCUGUUCCCUGUGGAUAGUGAGAUGUUCCCAGCACUACAGUCUAUCCAGGAGCUGGUGCUGUAUGUAGACAGACUGUGUGUGGUGGGGCUACAACAGGAGGACGGACACGCCAUGCUCAUGCACUACACGCUCGGCUUCUUCGAACUGGUGACCCAGUUGCAGCGCAGGUUUGACCUCCCGUUGGUCCAUGCCCCAUCUGCACCUAUUGUGUACAUGGCCAUGUUUGACACUAAUGCCCUGACUGUGGCCCGGAUAUGUGCCAUCAUGUGUGGGUUCAGACAGGAAGUGACGUCCCUGAAACAGAAGCCACCCCAGGAGGAGUCCUGUGGUUUCACCAGCUCCAGCAUCAGGAACUUCAACAACUGUAUCUUAGACAUCUGUGAUGCUCUCUGGAGGUGCAAGGCCUUCAGCAGUGGAAAGAAUGAGGCAAGCAUCUUUAAGGUACCGAGAGCCGUGGUGAAGCAGGCUGGUAUCGACAGCAUCGGUGACAGCUUUUCCCUGUACAACCACAUAGCACUGCAGGGCUUCGCACACACAUUCCUUCAGAAGUCCCUGCCUCCAGGAACCCCUAUCACACCCAGGCCCAGAUCCAGACAGAGCACCCUGGACAGGAGUUCGUAUCUGGACUUCCUGACAUCCCAGGGGCUUGAGGGGAUCCAGGGUUUCAUCAGCAGUUUUAUCAAGGUUGGGAAGUCCUCCACACCCUGCUCUUCUGCACCUUCCACUGCAAGCAGCACAACAACCACCGGGUCUAGGACUUAGAGGUCUGCAUAGGACAAGC